AUGGAAGAAGUAGAUUCGUUGCCUUCAACGCAGGCGGUGACCAACGAAGAGUUGCAAAGGGACCUGGCAGUGUUGCAGAGGGACAUUGCGCAAGUCGCACAUCACCUUCGCACUGUGCAAGAGCAGCUGCACGAGUUAACUCAAGUCCACCGUGACGGACUUGGAGGCGUGCAAAGCAGUCUGCUCAAGUUUUGGUUCCCAGCCUGGCGUUUUCAGAAGCUGCUGGGCGUGCCGCUGCUUAUUUUCCUCUUGGUCCUUGCACUGCUGUGCUUUGCACCAACUCCACUUCAUUUCCUUCCGCUGCAAUGCAUACAAGUGUCGGCAGGUUCCGUUGCACCUGCGCCCAACAACAACUGGGAACUAUGA